CUGAAACUAACCACCACCGAAGAGUUUUCAUCGAUGCUCUUAAAGAUUCUAAAGAUAUAGCAAACCGAAUACAUUGUUAGCUAAUCUUGUCACUGAACCAUUCUACGGUAGUGUGAGCUUGGGAUCAGGUUCACUUACUUUGCAAGGUGGUGUUUUGAAUUUUGGUUGUGGACAUCAUGGGGAAGCCUGCAAGGUGGUUAAAAAGUGUGUUACUUGGAAAGAAACCAUCUAAAUCCAGUGGUUCUAAAGACAAGGAGAGAGUUGUGAAUGGAAAAGAGGUAGUGGUGAUAUCAAAGAUUGAAGAACCCGAUGUGGUUUCAGAUCUUCCAUCCUUUGGAAACGCAACAGUUCAUACAAGUGGUGUGGUAGAGACGCAGACUAUAGAGCAUGAAGCGGUUUCAGAUGAUGAGAUACAACUUCCUGAAGUCCAAGUCCAACCAACAGACUCUCCAAAGGCUGCUUCUGUUCCUGAUGAUUCGUUAUCAGAAUCAGACAAAAUUAUGCAAGAGAUUGCAGCAACAACUGUUCAGGCUGCCUUUAGAGGCUACUUGGCUCGGCGUGCUUUCUGGGCAUUAAAAGGUAUAAUAAGGCUGCAAGCACUUAUCCGCGGUCACAUGGUUAGAAGGCAAGCUGUUGCGACUCUCUGCUGUGUAAUGGGAAUUGUCAGAUUGCAAGCACUUGCUCGAGGAAGAGAGAUCAGACAUUCUGACAUUGGAGUUGAAGUUCAGAGAAAAUGCCCGUUGAAUCAUCAGCAUUUGAAGAAUAAACUCCCUGAAGACUCUGUUGUUGGUACACAUACUUACCUGGGAAUCAAGAAGCUUACUGCAAAUGCUUUUGCUCAGAAGCUACUAACUUCAUCCCCAAACGUGAUGCCUGUGCACUUGGAAAAUGAUUCGUCCAACUCAAUCUGGUUAGAGAACUGGUCAGCCUCAUGCUUCUGGAAGCCAAUUCCUCAACCUAAGAAAACAUCAGUCAAGAAAACUCAGAAGAAGUUUGCCAGUAACUCUCAGAUAGUCGAGGGAGAUUAUGGUAAACCAAAGAAGAGUGUUCGCAAAGUCCCUACUUCAAAUCUUGACAAUCCCUCGGAUGCACAGACAUCAUUUGAGUUUGAGAAACCUAAACGCAGCAGCUUCCGGAAGUUUUCAACAAGCCAAUCUGUAGAACUACCACCACCAGCAGAGACUCCUCAAGUUGAUCUAGAAAAAGUGAAACGUGGUUUGAGGAAAGUACAUAACCCUGUAGUUGAGAACUCUAUCCAGCCUCAACCAGUUCCACGGAAGGAGAUUGAGAAGCCAGCUCCUGCUUUAGAAGAACCUGUGAAUGCCUUUGAUGAAGAGAAAAUAGAUGAAAAGGCUGAGACUGUGGUGGUGGAAGAGCCUGAGGAGUUGAAACACAUUCAUGAACCGUUGGUAACAAAUGAAACACUUGACUCCACAUUGGACAACCAAAUCGUAGAAAAUGUAAUGGUUGAGGAAAAGGAGGAUGUGAAAGAAGAGAGAACUCCCAAACAAAACAACAAGGAGAACUCAGCUAAGAAGGAGAAUAAAAAAUCAGGGAAAAAGGAUUCUCCGGUUACUACUACUCAAACCACUGAGUGUCAAGAGAACAGUAAUGGGAAUCAGAAUAGUAGCCAGGGGUUACCAAGCUAUAUGCAAGCUACUAAAUCCGCAAAAGCAAAGCUGAGGUUACAAGGCUCUUCUUCUCCUAAGCAUCAAGGGCCUGAGAAAGCCACUAGACGUUACUCGCUACCAUCUUCAGGUAAUAAUGCAAGAGUCACUUCUGAUUCUCCUAAAACAACAAGAGUCUCAAACUCGGGUGGCAAAACCGGGAAGAAGACCGAGAAACCUCUUCUUAACGGGAAGGCAACUCCGGUAGAGUGGAAAAGAUGAUUGAAUGAUCAUGUGGUGAAAGCAAAAAGAAGUUCAUUGAUGAUCACUCUACAAUAUUUCACCAUCUAUCUUUAUAGUUAGUGUUUGUGGGUUGUGUUGAAAAUGUACAUCAUGUUUGUUCUUGUUGGAAUUUCAUUUUCUGUUUUCAUCAUACAUUAUUUUAACUACAAAAUUUAGAUGUUUAUGAUAUGUAAUGAUCCUCAAAAUCUGUCAUGAAAUUUCACAUUUUUAAUUAAAGAAGGCAUCAU